GUCACCUCGAUCCUUCUCCUACUACUUUCUGGCCACCCGAGUAAUUGCUACUUAUAGUGCGAGCUGCUGGAAAAUGAAGAGGAAACCAGGUAAUGCUCAACGGAGCGCGGGUGAACGACGGAGCGCGGGUGAACGACGGAGCGCCAAGUCACCGAAGAUUCAUCACGAGCUUCGGCCCAUACUGAGCAGCUCAUCCUCAUCUGCCCACUCCAGACAGCCGAGGAUGCCACAUAAAUGGUUGUAUGAACAUGAUAUUGCUUACCUCGAGGAAGUUCGAGCAGUUCUUCAUGGCAAUCCAAAGCCUAAGGCAAAAAAAGAGUUACACGAAAAGACUGCGAAUAGGUUGAGUGUGAGAUUUGGGAAGACGUUCACAACGAAGAUGGUUAAGGAAAGGUAUUAUGCUUAUAGAGACCAGUGGACAAACCAAAGCCCCGGCCCCGAUGGAGCUCGUACGAUGGUUACUAUACGCAAAAAAGAACGUAUCGAUGGCCAUGAAGAGACGUUCGAAGCCUUGUUUGCUGAUGAUGCAGGCACAAGUUCAGGUGCACUGAGUCUUCAAUCGGAGCCCACUACUGUUAGUUUUCCACUGAAUGGUGUGACUCGUAGUGAUCCGAGUUUUUGUGGUGGUGCUGGCGGUGUGCCGAUAACUAGGAAGUUACACCCUGACGUACAAGCUGCAGUUAAGUAUUUGUCUGGAGGGAAUGGAGAAAAAUAUUCCUGUGGCAAAGAGCUGUUGAUAUUUACACAAAUGCUGUGUAACGUUGAUUUCCUUGUGGAAAACUUUCACCUUAUGCCUGAUGACUAUGUAAAGAGGAGAAGCUCCCUCAUUGAUGUGUUUAAACAUGGAGGAGAAGGUGUGCCCAAGAUACCUGAAGAUGAACUACCUGAAGACUUCAAAAAGGGACCACCUAAAGAGUCUAAAGAGUGA